UUCCGUUGUUUUCCCGCUCUAUGCAAAGUCGUUACACUCCUUCCCUAUCUCCAAAUGAGCACAAAUGAAUUUUACUGGGAUUCCAACUUUCGUAAAUAAAACACUGUUAUCCCAACGUAGAUUGAUUUCCUCCGUCGCUACUGUAGACAAUGCGUCCAGUUUUUCCUUCACCAAAAUUGAAACUUACCCUCUUUUCGACCCUUCGCAGUUGCUCAGCGAUUAUGUAAAAUCCAGAAAAUGCUCUUUGAGGCACACCAAAGUUCUACAUGCCAAGUUACUCCGAGCAACUCUUCUUCAUUCCAAUAUCUAUGUUUCAAAUUCUUUGCUGGAUUGCUACUCAAAGUCUAACUCUCUGGACCAUGCACUCAAGCUGUUUGAUACAAUGCUCCACCCAAAUGUCAUUUCUUGGAAUAUCCUUAUCUCCAGUUUCAACCACAACUUCUUGUAUUUGGAUUCGUGGAGAACAUUUUGCAGGAUGCAUUUCCUGGGUUUUGAACCCAGCGAGAUAACAUAUGGGAGUGUUUUAUCUGCUUGUGCUGCCAUUCAAGCCCCAAUGUUUGGUAAGCAGGUCUAUUCACUUGCUGUGAGAAAUGGGUUUUUUGUUAAUGGUUAUGUUCGAGCAGGGAUGAUCGAUUUGUUUGCAAAAGAGUCUAGUUUUCUGGAUGCUCUAAGGGUGUUUCAAGAUGUUGAUUGUGAGAAUGUGGUGUGCUGGAAUGCUAUUGUGUCCGCAGCUGUAAGGAAUGGGGAGAAUUUUAUGGCUUUGGAUCUUUACAACACAAUGUGUCGUGGGUUUUUGGAGCCUAAUAGUUUCACGUUUUCUAGUGUUCUAACUGCGUGUGCUGCACUUGAACAUCCUGAAUUUGGGAAAAGAGUUCAGGGGAAAGUGAUUAAAUGUGGCGGAGAAGAUGUUUUUGUAGAGACAGCCCUCAUUGAUUUGUAUAGCAAGUGUGGAGAAAUGGAUGAAGCUGUUAAAAUAUUCUUGCGGAUGCCCAUUCGCAAUGUGGUCUCAUGGACUGCCAUAAUAUCUGGUUUUGUGCAGAAGAAUGAUUACUUAAUGGCCCUCAAGUUUUUCAAAGAUAUGAGAAAAUUGGGGGAGGAAAUCAAUAGCUAUACAGUCACUAGCGUGUUAACUGCAUGUGCUAAUCCAGCCAUGACAAAAGAAGCAAUCCAACUCCACUCCUGGAUUUUAAGAGCUGGUUUUUCAUCCCAUGCGGUGGUGGGAGCUGCUUUAAUUAACAUGUAUUCGAAAAUAGGAGCUAUUGAUCUUUCUAUGACUGUUUUCGGAGAGAUGGACAAUCAAAGGAAUCUCAGUUCUUGGACAGCUAUGAUUACCUCAUUUGCACAGAACAAUGAUAAAGAGAAAGCAAGUGAAUUGUUCCAAAAAAUGUUACGGGAAAGUAUGGGACCAGAUACAUUUUGCACCUCUAGUGUCUUGAGUGUGACCGACUGUAUUACCUUUGGGAGACAGAUUCACUGCUUCACGCAUAAAACUGGAUUAGUAUUUGGCAUUUCUGUUGGCAGUGCUCUUUUCACAAUGUAUUCCAAAUGUGGCUAUCUAGAGGAAGCUUUUCAUGUUUUUAAAAACAUGCCAAAGAAGGACCAUAUUUCAUGGGCAUCGAUGAUGUCCUGUUUCUCAGAACAUGGUUAUGCAAAAGAGGGCAUCCAAUUAUUUAGAGAAAUGUUGUUUGAAGAAUAUGUUCCUGAUUCUAUGAUUUUAAAUACAGUCCUAAAUGCAUGUUCUGUUCUUCAUUCUAUUCAAAUAGGCAGAGAGAUUCAUAGUUAUUCUGUUCGUUUGGGUCUUGACAAAGAUGUAGCUAUUGGGGGUUCGCUUGUGACUAUGUACUCAAAAUGCGGCAACCUGGAGAUGGCUCGGAGGGUGUUUGAAACAUUGCCCGAGAAAGAUAAUAUUGCAUGCUCUUCGUUGGUUUCAGGAUAUGCUCAACACAAGUGCAUCAAAGAGACAAUUUUGCUAUUCCAAGAUCUACUGGAGGCUGGCUUAGCCAUCGAUCCCUUUUCAAUCUCAUCCAUACUGGGUGCAAUUGCGCUUUUAAAUAGGCCUGGUAUUGGGACUCAACUCCAUGCAAUCAUUACGAAAGUAGGCUUGGAGAAAGAUGUUUCUAUUGGGAGUUCGCUAGUAAUGGUAUACUCCAAAUGUGGAAGCAUAGAAGACUGCUGCAAAGCAUUUGAGCAGAUUGGAAAGCCUGAUUUGAUAGGUUGGACAGCCAUGAUUGUGAGUUAUGCCCAGCAUGGGAAAGGUGCUGAAGCUUUAUGUGUCUAUGAACUUAUGAAGAAAGAAGGAAUCAAGCCUGAUCCAGUCACCUUUGUUGGGGUUUUGUCUGCUUGUAGCCAUAAUGGUUUGGUGGAUGAAGCUUAUUUCCACCUUAAUUCGAUGGUGAAAGACUAUGGUAUACAACCGGGACAUCGACAUUAUGCUUGUAUGGUAGAUCUUCUUGGUCGGUGUGGGCAACUGAAAAGGGCAGAAGAACUGAUUAACAAUAUGCCUAUUGAACCUGAUGCUCUCAUUUGGGGAACUCUUCUCGCUGCCUGUAAAGUACAUGGAGAUAUUGAACUUGGAAAACUAGCGGCAAGAAAGGUCAUGGAGUUGAAGCCAAGUGACACUGGGGCUUAUGUCUCUCUUUCCAACAUCUGUGCUGAUAUGGGCCUGUGGGAAGAGGUCCUGAACGUUAGAAGCCAUAUGAAGGGAGCUGGAGUGACGAAGGAACCUGGUUGGAGCUUGCUGUAAGAAGCUGUUGUUCAUAGUUGAUCUCAGAAAAACUUGUGGGACAAGCUGAGUGAAGAAGGAAGGCUCUUGGUCAGUUUUAGAAUAUUUUUUUUGUAAGAGAGGAAGUCUUUCUGUUCUAUAUCCACCUCAGUACCUCAUGUUUGGUUCUUAAAUCAGAAGACAGGAAUGCAACCAACAGACAUCGUGACUUACUGAUCCGGCUGGAUACCGAAAGUGACUCAAAUUGACUAUAGAUGUAAGGUCUAAAGACUUUUACCUUUUUCCCCUGUGAUAUUUAUAAGAUAGUCAACCAUUAGCCAAAUAAAGUCGACCCUUUACCUGAAUUUAUCUAUGCCUUUUUCUUUACUCCUAUUCUCAGAGGAACGGCUUCACUGCUUUUGUUACUUUGUUCAACUUCAUGGCCACUUCUCUGUCGUGUGAUCAUUGUAUUUCUAGUAAGGAAUGAAAUAAUAGAGGGCCACACUGCAGCACGUUAUACUAAUCAGGGUUUUCCUGAUUUUUGUAGACUUGUUUUGUUCUUUUGAGAACCAAAUAUGAGAAUUCUGUGGA